CACUGCUUCUCAUCGUCAUAUCCGGUCGAAGUGAGGUGUAACCAUAGAAACGGGACGCUGCCAUCUGCUACGCAGGUUGAAAAUAGAGAGGUGGGAGAAAUGAGCGACUCGGAGAAAAGCUUUCCGGACAAGUACACUGCUGAACGGGAACGGGCUGCGAGAGUGAUCCAGAGGGCAUUCCGUCGGAUUCUGGACAUACAAAUCUUUCAGUUCUACAAAAAUCUCCUCAGUUUCAAAGGCAAAGGUGAUCCACGGCUCUUGCUGAAAUGUGUAAACCCUUGUGAGGCUGAGCUAAUUGAUGCUGCAGCAGGAGUCCAUGCUCGCUUCAGAUUAGGUGGGACUCAGUUUCCGCCAAACAUUUACUACAAGUUGUUUACUCACAGACCUAUAGUGGACAUGUGCGCCAAUAGCCCGAAGGAUUACACCCAGAAUUGCCUGAAGCAGCUGUUGCCUAAACAGAUGCACAAUCGGGGGCUUGUGCCAAAGCAGGACCUCAGUGGCUGGUACGCACGCGUGGAGAACAACGGUUGGAGACUUCUCACGCCUAGGAUAUCUCACAGCCUAGAUCUGGUAACCAUAGCCGACAGCAGGAAGAGGAUUCCGUUUCAUCACUCCAAGCUACAGAGGAGGCAGGAUGUGGAGAAAAGGCAGAAAUAUCGAAAAAUUGAGUGGAUGAAGAAGAUGUAUUAUGAAGGCAGCCUGCAUGCCGAGACCUCAGACCCAGAAAUUGCUUUGUUGGUCCAACAGGCCACAGAAGGGGUGAUCCAAACAGCAGAGGAGCACGGUGCAAAUACCGUCAUGGAUUGGGAGGUGGAUGAGCUGCUGAGUUGGACCAAUGCACUCAGCUACGAAGAGUACAUAAGCACUUGGAAAGAAAUUGGAACCAGUAAAUCAUCCUGCGCAUUUAAAGGAACCACAUUUAUUCAGUCUCCGUAUGAUCAUUACGAAUUCUCACAAAUAAGCAGCCAGACUUCCCCCGACCUCAGCGUGACUGAAGAACAUUAAACUAAAAUAGCCUUUACCCUCUACUCUUCUGGACAAGAUUUCCUCUAGAUGCUGGAACACUGUUGAUGUGUUUGCUUCCAUCCAUAUGCAAGAGGUUGGGCACUGAUGUUGAGCAAUCAGGCUUGGCUGCCAUUGGAAUUAUAAUUAAUGCCACAGGGGUUCAUUUGGGUUGAGGUCAGAACUCUGCGCAGGCCAGUCAAGUUACAUAGUUAAGUUGGGUUGAAAAAAGACCAGAGUCCAUCAAGUUCAAGCCUUCCAAGUAA